UCGGCUGUUUUUGCUUCUAGCGUCAGUCGUCCGCCAUGUUGAUGUCUGUUUCAUUCUCUGGCUUUGGGUCACUAGAAGAACGUUGAAUUUGUUUGUGUUUUUUUCAUCAGCUACUGGCAUUAGGUGCUGGUUUAGGCCGGCACCAUGAAUUUCCACCCGAUGCAGAUGCUCGAUUUCUCCAAAACAUGUCGCCUGUGUUUGACCCAAGACUACGAUUUGAUACCAAUAUCAACGCAAACCACUGACAGCUCGUCAAUUGCCCUCGCAUCAAAAAUUACUUCGACUGUGGCUUUAGAGGUAUGUGAGGGGGAUGAAUUGCCUGCACAAAUCUGUGGAAACUGCUUUCAAAGAAUCGACCAAUGGUAUAGCUUCAAGCAAGUCUGUCACAACUCUUUCUCAGUUCUUCGACAGUGCGUCAAACAAACUGACAAGAAGGAUAUGAAUCAAAUGGAUGACACCUUAUGUGAGCAUUUAGCUGCGGCGGUUGCUGAAGACCCAGAGAAGGCUGGGUUUUUACUUGGCCCUCCAGGCCCGACCGAUGAUAUGUCAAGUCAUUUAUCGUGCCAAGUCUGUGGGAAAGUAUUUUCACGAUAUAACAACAGAGUGUUUCAUGAAAAGAAAUACCACAGUGUUAAGGGCUCAACAAUGAAAAUGAAGGGUAAGGAGAAAGGGGAUUUCACCUGCAAAGUGUGCUCCAGAGAAUUUUGUCGUCUGGAUAAUUUGAAGACCCAUGAGCUGCGAAUGCAUUCCAAUGGAAGAUCAUUCUUUUGUGAUUGUGGUUCUGGUUUUGUUCGAAAGCAAGAUAUGAUAUGGCACCAAAAUCAACACGUGAAAAGUUCAAGUCCUGGUCUUGCUCCAGCGCCUGAAGAAUUAGACAAAACUUUGGGAUGUCCUAUCUGUGCUCUCCCUUUCCCCAAAAUUGAAAAACUGAAUGAGCAUAUGGAGCUGUCACACAUGGAUUCUAAAUUUCAGUGCAAUAUUUGUUUAAGUAAAUUUUACAAUAAGGAAGAGCUUUUAUGGCAUCAAAAACAUACAAUGGUUCCAUCUGCUGCAGCAGCUUCUUCCAGUUGGUCCCAUUUCAUUUGUAAUAUCUGUAAUCAUAAUUUUUCAAACAUCAAUAUGUGUAAAUCUCAUAUAGUACGAGUUCAUGGCACACCCUCUGCAUUGAAAAGCAAUUCAUGUUGUCAAAAUUUUGUCUUUAGUGGCAAACAAGACAUCGAUGGUGAAGGUGAAAAGAAAGAAGUUAUUACUAAAGCUCAUAGAUCAAGAUCUGGUGAUCCAUAUUUUUGCAGCUGCUGUGGUAAAGAAUUUGAUAAACAUGGUCGCUCUAGUGGUUCAGGUGAAAAACGCCAGCAUUCUGGAAGUAAAAACCACAUAUGCAAGGAAUGUGGCAAAUCAUUUCUCACAUCUUCAAGAUUAAAGACUCACACCCUCAUCCAUACUGAUGUAAAGCCAUUCAUAUGUGAAGUGUGCCAGGGUAAAUUCCGUACCCUCAGCAAUCUACUUGCUCACAAGAAGCGGCACACCGCAGAGCCUAAAUAUGUUUGUAAAACCUGUGGUAAAGAAUUUUUAUCUUACUCCGGUCUUGCUAGACAUGAAAUACUUCACACUGGUGUUAAAGACUUUGCUUGUGAGGAAUGUGGCAAAACUUUUGUCACCCUACAAGAACGCCGGAAGCACAUGAAGUAUCACACAGGAGAAAAAUCUCAUGUCUGCAAAUAUUGUGACAAAGCCUUCUUUGAGAGUGGUCAUUUAGCUAUACAUUUACGUUCUCACCUUAAUGAGAAGCCGUAUUCAUGUGUUGUUUGCUCACGGUCAUUCGACUCCACCACUAAACUUAAACGUCACAAAAAGACUGAUGCCCAUAUGCGAAGAAUGAAUGUAAAUCAGCCACCAAGAGAAACCUCAAGGUCAGAAUGGACAACCAAUAAUUAUGUGUAUAAUGAAACAUUGGUUGCUAAUGGAGGGCCUAGUAUUUACCAUAUUUGAUUUUCCUGAAAAUGUUUAGUUGAAUAAAUUUAAGUUCCUUUUAUACAAAGGAAAGUGUGGGAGCUCAUGAAGUCUGAUCAGUAAAAUGAUGGCCACAGACGAUAUCUUUGCCUUGUAUGUUAAGUACUUUGUAAAUUCUAUAUUCUAAAUUAGCUAUACAGGGUCUGGAAUGCCAGGGUCUUACCAGCCCUUUAUUACAAUGACUUAUAGGUCCCUUAGAGUUUUCUAUAUAUUUUGUUUCGGUUGGUUAUUUGAUUGUUUCUGUAUUGCCAAAGCCUGGCAGCAGACAAUAUUGUGUAUUAUAUUUGUUAAGAUUGUAUUCUCUAUCCUGGUUUAGCUACACAUGUUUGGGGUGAAGUGCCAUGGAAUGGCAUUAGUUUAGUUGUUCCACUAGAGCCCUUUACAUACUAGAGUGUUUUACUCUAUGCUACAUUUUUGCUUAUUGUUGAGAUUUAAAGAUAGCAGGUUACAACACAUUGAUUCUUUGAUUUAAAUGUUGGCACGUGUGGAUUUUCUUAUGCCCUUUUUUUUUAUAUAAUUUUUUUGGGUCUGAUGAAUGUGCACUAGAGCCAAGUUUUCACUUAUCAAAAUAAAAUUUUGAAUGUUUUUUUUCUGUUUAUUAAAAAUAAAGCACGUUUAUUGGUAAAUCCAUAAUUAUGAUGGUUCAUUUUAGUUUUCCUGAUGAGAACACUUCUUAAAAUAGUUCAUAUGAUUGUAUGGUUCUACCAAUAUAACCAGUUAACAAUGUAAUAUGAAUAUCACAAUAAAGAUUAACAACAAUUUAAAAAGUU